GUCAGAGUCUCAUAUUUUCUCUCGAAGUCUCAAAUUACUUCUUAUUCUUUUCUUCUUUAGCUACUGCAUAUUUCUUUCUUUUUUAUCAGAUAAAAAAAGUAAAUUUAAUAAAAAAACAAGUUCAUGUUUAGUGACAUAUUCUUAUAUUCUAUUUGGGAAAAACAAAAAAAAUUCGAAGUUAACUUUUAUAUGUAAAAUAAAUAAAUAUUGGCAAUUCCAUCCAGUGGAGAGAUGGCAGCCUCUAGAGUUUUGGGACAAGCGGCACGACGGGAAGCCCUAAGCCUAACAGACGCAGCGGCCGCGAGAAUUCGCCACCUACUUGUGCAGCGCCAACGCCCUUUCCUUCGCCUUGGUGUCAAGGCCCGCGGCUGUAACGGUCUGUCCUACACCCUCAAUUAUGCAGAUGAGAAAGGAAAGUUUGAUGAGUUGGUUGAAGAUAAAGGAGUUAAGAUAUUGAUUGAUCCUAAGGCUCUGAUGCAUGUUAUUGGAACCAAGAUGGAUUUUGUUGAUGAUAAGCUCCGAUCUGAAUUUAUUUUCAUCAAUCCUAACUCUAAAGGUCAAUGUGGUUGUGGAGAGUCCUUUAUGACGACGAGUAGUUCAGAAGCUGCUAAACGUGGUGUUAGUGGAUAAGUUAGUGGUUUCACUCUCAUGGUAUCAUCUUAUAUUCUUUCUCUGAGCAUUAAGGUUACUGAAACAAUGUCAUCUUGGAUGUGAGAAUAACAGCUUAGGAGUCAGUAGUCUUUCCUUAUGUUUUCCUUCAAGUCGCUCCUUUUCCUUAUGUGAGAAUAUAACUUGUAUGUUGGACACUGCAUUGUAUAUAUUUAUACUUCACCAAGGGUUUUGUAGAUAUUAAAUGUAACUGUAUCAUUUGACAGCUCUCUGUUUUAAUAAGAGAAACAGUUAUAGUUUGUUGGCCUUCA